AUGGAGACCAUUGUGAUCGACGAUUCUGAUUGCAGCGACCUGUCCAAUGACGGGGUUGCUGACACAACCGACGAAGCACACGGUCUCAUCCAGGCGGAGGGAGCCCCUGAUGAGGGUGGUCAGAGGCUUGGUCCCACAGGCCUGCAGGCGCCUACCGCGCAUGUGCAUGCUGAGCACAUGCAGCCUCCAAUGCUGCAGCCAGCGGUGCACACCACUGAUCCGAGGCAGCAGUAUCUUGCGCAGCUCCAAGCGGUGCAGCAGGCUCAGCAGUACCGCCAGCUCGCACCUGCCGGCUUUGUCGCUCAAUCUUUGCCCAUUCAGCAGCCGCUCCAGGCAGCACAGCAUCAAAUGAACGGCCUGGGGACCGCUCCCAAUCAGGUGGCCCCACAGAAUGGGGCUGCCUCCUCCGCUCAGUGGAUGACCCCGCAGCCAGCUCAAGCCAUGCCAGACUCGCAGCAGCAGCAAUUUUAUGCUGACCUGGCCCGCCAGCUGCAUGCAGCCCAGCAACAGCAAAUGCAGCAGCAGGCACUGCAGCACACAAUGUACAAUCUCCAGCCAGCACUGGCGCCAGCGCCGCCAAUGUAUGCCUACUCAGCACAGCCGCAGGCCUAUGGCUUGCAGUCUGUGGACUCCGUGCAGCUGCAAGCCCUCAUCACUGCUCAGCAGAUCCAGCAACAGAUGGCGCAGCAGCAGAGCCCUGCCUGGCCGGCAGCGGUGAUGGCUCAACCUGCGCCUGCAGCCGCCACCUCAGCACUGCAGCAUCAGCCGGCGCAAGUGUAUCCGGCAGGGCUACAGCAGGGAGCAGAGCCGGCCCAAGCGCAGGCGCAGCCAAGCCAGCAGCCCAACUUCUUUGCAGCCGUGUGGGACAGUAUGCGCGCUGCAGCCUCCGCCCUGGGCCAGCAAACGGUGCCUGCCGCACCGGGUGCAGUGCGAGCGCAAAGUUCCAUGCAGCCUCCUGCAGCAAGCAGCCGUGGAGCUCGGGCAGUCAAGGCGGAGCCGAGCUCGGCAGGCAGCAGCGUGCUGUGGCAGCAGGCGGGAAUGUAUCCAGCGCAGCGGGUCACGUCUGCAGUAAAGGCGGAGGCCCCCAGUGGCGUCUGCGCCGGCUCGUCCAAGGCGGGGCCGAGCCAGCAGGGAGGCGAUGCAAUGGAUGAUUUUGGCAUUGUUGGAGCUGCCGAGGGGGCGGACAGUGUCGCGGACGAGGCAGCUCUUGAGGGUGUCUUGGAGGGCUUAAAGAUGGCGGAUGCUCCGGAAGCUGACGUGCCGCCCGGCAAGAUGACCGUCACAUUGCAUGCCUACCAGAAGCGCGCCCUCGGGUGGAUGAGGAAGCGAGAGAACCCUGGCAGCGUCAACGCGGUCUGCGGCGGCAUCCUGGCAGACGAGCAGGGCCUGGGGAAGACGGUGCAGGCGAUAGCGCUGAUCGUGAUGGAGGUGCCAUCGCGCACCGAUGCGGAGGCGGCCCUGGCCGACGCGCAGCGCGAGCAGAACAUGAUGGCGCUGCACCCCGAGAGCGCCGAGGCGCGCGCCGCCCGAGCCGCCGGCAUCGGCAUUUUCCCGGCCGGCGCGCGCAGCGGGUCAGCCAGUGCAAGCGGCGAUGCAAGUCCUGGUGUGGGUAAUAAGGCGGACAAGGGCAAGGCAAAGGCGCAGGAUGAGGCAUGCGAGAGUCCUCCCAGGAAGAAGGCCAAAAAAGGGCCCAUCCAAUACGAACCUUGCGGCCGCGGCGAGUUCUGCACCUGCGCCAUCUGCAAGAAGGCCAAGGACCAGCAGAGGAAGGCGGCUGAGCGGGAAAUUCAGCGGGCGUGGCGCGCCGAGAUGUCUGUGCGGAAGGAAGCCAAGGACCGCGCCAGCCAGGGCCCUCCCAAGGGCCAGCCAAUCGGGACCAAGACGCCGGCUGCGAGUGAGCAGAAGCUGCUGCUGCCGGACAUCAUGAGCCCAGAUGGCAGCGUGGCCAAACGUACACUUGUCGUCUGUCCCCUCUGCGUGGCGGCGCAGUGGGUGGACGAGGUGCGGGAGAAGGCCCCGCAGCUGCGGGUAAAGCUGUACCAUGGCCCCAACCGCAGCCGAGACUUCACCCCCGCGCUGCUGGCCUGCUAUGACGUCAUCGUGACCACCUACUGGGUGCUCGCCAGCGAAUUCGGCGCCUCCCCCCAAGGGCCCCUGUACUGCGUCCGCUGGCACCGGUGUAUCCUGGACGAGGCGCACCUGAUCCGCAACAGCCACACCAACGCCGCCAAAGCCGCCGCCCAGAUCGACGCCACGCGUAGGUGGUGCCUGACAGGGACCCCCAUCAUCAAUGCGGCCACCGACGUGCACAUGCUCUUUGUGUUCCUCCAGCCGUUCAACAACAUCGAGCUGUUCAACCGGCUGAUCCGCAACAAGAUCGAGACGGUGAAGCUGCGCAAUGGCCGGCGCAUCACACCCAACCAGGCUGCCCGCGAUCAGGGCUACAAGGAGCUCCGCACUGCCAUGCGAGCGGUGACGCUGCGGCGCAUGAAGAGUGACGAGUACAAGGGGCAGCCGCUGGUGGUGCUGCCGGCCAAGGUGAUUGCGCUGCAGCAGAUGCAGUUCAGCGAGGAGGAGGAGGCUAUCUACAGGGCCUUUGAGGAGAAGUCCCAGCUGGACUUCAAGGAGUACGUGCGCAAGGGCUUUGGCGCCAACUACUCCCACAUCCUGGUGCUGCUGAUGCGGCUGCGGCAGGUGUGCAUUCACCCCUGGCUCGCACAGACCGAGGACGCAUCUGCAGCCGCGGUGGCAAGCGGCGGAGACGAGGAACAAGACCCCAACGCUCACCCCUCUGGGCUGAGCGUGGAGAGGGCAGCGGAGCUGCUGGAGAAGCUGACUGGCGGCGAUGCGGGCGAGUGCCCCAUAUGUAUGGAUGGAGCGCAGGAUGCCGUGCUGACGGCAUGCGCGCACGGGCCCUUCUGCCGCGAGUGCAUCAUCAGCAGCCUGCAGCACCAGGGGGGCGACCAGGCGGAGGGGACCUGCCCGCUGUGCCGUGCUGAGCUGGCCCCGGCCAAGCUGUACAGCGCAGCGCAGCUGCAGCCGCCGGCGCCCAUUGACAUCGAGGAGGAGGCCGCCGCCCUCGACGCCGCCAAGCAGCCGGACGAUGACUGGGCGCUGGAAGAGGAGCGCUUUGUUUCGUCCUCCAAGCUGGACGCCGUUGUGCGCCUGCUGGAGCAGUACCGCGAGGAGGAUGAGGCGGCGGGGCCGGGGACGCUGCCGACGAAGACGAUAGUGUUCAGCACGUUCACGCGCGCGCUCGACCUGCUGGAGCGGCGGCUGCGGCCGGGCGCCAUCGGCUUCCUGCGCCUGGACGGCCGCAUGCGCCUCAGCCAGCGCACUGACGCCAUCCGCGCAUUCGCACGCGACCCCCAGGCGCGCCCCUUGCCCCAUACCUCAUGA